ACAAGAACACUUUAGCGCGCUGAUCUGUAUCGUACUUCUUAAGACAAUGAAAUCUGGAAGUUUUCAUUAUACAACGUGAACAACUGCAAAUUAAUUAUACUUCAUGCACGGACCUCAUAGAUUGUGUAGGAUACUUGUUUUCUGCGUGACGUAACAUGCACAAUCGUUUCGUUGAAUAAAGUUUUGUAUUUAAAAAAAAAAAAAAACACCUCAUUGACUGCUGCAGACAUGGCUGACAAGACGCCGAAGGAGUCCGAUGCUCCCUUUGCGACCAGGAUAGACCCGAUCAAAGAGGGUCUUUCUAAAGAGCAGAUGUACUACAUAAGACAGGUGGAGCUUGAGCAGUGGAAGAAGAAAACACAGAAGCUGAGGACACGAAACGUCGUGACAGGACUCGCCAUCGGAGCGCUUGUUCUGGGAAUUUAUGGCUACACAUUUUACUCAGUCUCCCAGGAGCGGAUCAUGGAUGAAAUGGACGAAGAAGCCAAGCGUGCAAGAAUGCAGGGACCUAAGACUGGUGCCAACUGAGAUGCGUCUGUCCUGCACUUAACCAAGAAAGGACUUAUGUGGACACUGCUGCCACUGAUUCAUAUUCCAUGAGUGGCUGCUGUCUUUUUCAUGUUGAGACAGCGCUGGACUUUGUUUUUUGUCUCGAUUCGUGUAGGGUGAUUGUGUGGUUCUGCUGCUGACUUUAAACUAGAUGUGUCUUGAUUUGCUCACCUGUCAGGGGAAAGGACAGAUCCACUGACCUCAACAUGACCUUACAUGCUGCCCAAAAGGCCCCAGACUGUAGAGUAAUUACUACCAUUACCUAACAAAUUGCCAGCCAGUGCAGUCCGAUCAUCUCUUCUGUUGUGCAUCCAAUAUGAGGAGAAUAUUUCUAAACCUCAGACAGAAAAUGAUGUUAAAUCUACAGUGGCCUUCAACACAAACAGAAUGCCAGUGACAGCGAUGAAAUGACACACAGAUCGUCCUGUUUAUUUAUGUUGAUAAAGUGAUCAUUUGUAAAAUAAAAAUCUAAUGUAUUUGA